GAGCUACAAUGACCACACGAAAACUUAUUCGCCCAAUCUCAUCGGCCCGGCAGCUCCGUCACUGCCCCAGUUGUCCUUUUCCAGAUCUCUGCGUACUUGCUAUUUGACAGAAAAUGAGUCCGGAAUAGGAAAAGGAAAAUGAGCCUUGAAAUGGCAAUGGCCGUGAGACCGAGAAGCAUGAGGAUCCCUCCUUGUUUUUCUUCCAUGCUUUCGUUAUCAUCGGUCAGAGUUCGCAUGGGGUUCACGUUCAAUACGAAUUCAUCGACGAAUAGAAUUCCGUUUCUGAAAGCAAUUCGAAGUUCUCAAGCACAAGCAUCAGCAUCCACUGUUUCUCUUAAACAGCGAAGGCCUCAGAACGUAGACGGAGAGUUUUUUGUUGACCACACAUGCAUAGACUGCGAUGCUUGUCGAUGGAUGGCUCCGCAAAUUUUCACACGAGUUGAUGAACAGUCUGCAGUUCUUAAACAACCAACAUGUGAAGAGGAACGACUAAAAGCUCUACAGGCCUUGAUUUCAUGUCCAACAAGCUCAAUCCGUACAGAGAAACCUCCUCCUGAUAUUCUAAGUGUGCAGAAAACAUUUCCACUUCCAAUAGAUGAGCAGAGAGUUCCAGGUGUUUAUCACUGUGGUUAUCACUCUGAGAAAUCAUAUGGGGCAGCUUCUUAUUUGAUUGUUCAUCCUGAAGGAAACAUACUUAUAGACAGCCCAAGAUUCACGGAGAGACUAGCAAGUAAUAUUGAGAAGCUGGGUGGGGCACGUUACAUGUUUCUGACCCACAAGGAUGACAUAGCAGAUCAUGAAAGGUGGACAAAGCGACUAAAGUGUGAUAGAAUUCUGCACUCUCUAGAGGUUGAAGACUCUACUACAAAUGUAGAGAUAAAGCUAGAGGGGAGUGGCCCCUGGAGCCUUUUCCAGGACAUCCAACUGAUACACACUCCAGGCCACACAGAUGGAUCAGUCUGCUUAUUUUAUACAUCCCUCGAUAUUUUGUUCACUGGGGACCAUCUGUUUAUGACAGAAUCUGGGCUGGCCAUUUCAGAGAAGUUCAACUUUUUUUCAGUUCCCAUACAAUUGAACAAUGUUCGGAUUCUGUUAGACUUGGACUUCAAGUGGGUGCUACCUGGUCAUGGAAGGAGAGUUGAAUUCAAAGAUUACCAGGAGAAAAAUUCAAUCCUGGAGGCCUUCCUGCAGCAGAAGUCCAGUCAGUUAUUAUAAAUAUAAUACUUUUUCUUAUUCAACAACGUAUAUAGAGGUGUACGCAUAACGCACUUUAUAAGUUAGAAGUUUCCGAUCGGUUUGGUUGUAUAUGGGAUUGUAUACUGUAAUCUUAUUGUCUAUUUGCCCAAACACUCACUGAAAUAAGAACUGGACAUGCUUUUGUU